AGUUGAACGGAAAGGAAGCAACGAGAAGGAGAAAGCCAAAGAGGAGGCAAACAGCAAAAGAUAUUUACGCUGUCCUGCAGCAAUGACUGUAAUGCACUUAAGGAAGUUUCUCCGGAGCAAAAUGGACAUACCCAAUGCUUUUCAGAUUGAUGUCAUGUAUGAAGAAGAGCCUUUGAAGGACUACUACACACUAAUGGACAUAGCAUACAUUUACACUUGGAGAAGGAACGGUCCCCUCCCUUUAAAGUACCGUGUGCGACAAACCUGCAAGAGAAUGAAAAUAGGGGGUCAGCAGCGAGAUGGCUUGCAUAACAGUGGGGACCUGGAAAGUGACUCUGGCAGUGAAAAAGCUGGCAGCCCCAUGGGAGGCGCUCCUUCCACAUCAUCCUGCGUGCUCAGCCCCAGCACUCCGGUGCAAUCUCCCCACCCCCAGUUCCCCCACAUCUCUAGCACUAUGAAUGGAACCUGUGGCAGUCCCAGCAGUAACCACCAUGCGUCCUUUACCAACAGAACCCCAAAAGUGUCAGUGAACAGUUGCUCUGUGACUUCUUCUGGCUGACCUGCAUAAACUGUCCUUUCUGAUUCUCAAGACUGGAUGCCAAGGUUACAGGUUAUUGCUCUUUUUCUGCCCUUUGGUCUCUAUUGUGCCACACCAUUAAGCUUUAUAGUUGCAAAUUCCACGAGUGUCUGCCUGAUGGUUAAUAAAAGUAAUAAUGAUUGGAUACUAAAUGGGUGGACAAGAUAUGGACUUUGUUAUAUUAAACAACCACUGCAGCAAACGAUUUCUUAAGGACCAGCAACAUAAAAAAAAUAUCAGUCCAGAUAUUUUUGGAGUAUUUUAUUUUUUGCUUCCCAUUAUUGAUCUGUUUCCUGAUUUGGAGUCAGAAGUGUCUGUAAAUGGAUGGCUGUCACAAAUGAAACCCAAAUUUUGUAAAUUCAGAUUAAUUUCCUAAAUAUCUUUCAGAUUAUGAACUGUGGUUCCCUGGUUUUGUGGACUCUCAUUGAAAACAAGUGCUUUUUAUCCCUUCUCCACCUUGAGAUGCUGAGAUGCAUAAAUGCCAGAUUGAAUAUGCAUAAAACAAUGCAUAUAUGUAGCCACACCACUGUGAAUAACAAUGUAUUUGCUUUAUUAGCCAUUUCAAUGUAUAGUUUGCAUCCACAACUUCUGCGCAACACCAAAGCCAUUGAAAGAUCAGAAAACAACAGAAGAAAAAAAAAUGGUAUAGAAGAGAAGAAGGACAUUCUAUGUUCAGAUUUAUACUUGUAUACCUAAAAGCGGGUUUUGCCUUUUAUUUUACUGGCUGGCUUAAGAAAAAAGAAAUUGUGAAAGAAAACAAGAUAAGCUCUUUUUGUAAGGUUUUGAUGGCAUUAUGAAUUUGUGGAAGAACGCCAUAUUAGUGUAUGACAAAAUAGGAAGCAGUAUUGUAUGAUAUAUUUAUAAAGAGAAUAUUGUGUUUCAUGCAGUAUCAAUGAAGGUGGCUAAGUCCCCAUUGGCUCACCCCUCACAUGCUUUGUGGGACAGGUGUAGGGGGAGCCCUGCUGAAACAGCCACCAGCUCUUUGCCAUAAAAGCAGGAGAACGAGUUUCCUUCUCAGCUAACUUGGAAGCAAUUGACAAUACCAAAAGGACUUCUUGGGCCUUGUCUGCUUCCCAGGAUUUUUACAUUUGCCCAAUGUAAUUAAUUGUCUCUAACACCAAGGAGGAGAGGGCAAGUGAAGCAUAGGAUAAAAUGGAGGAACAUGGAAACGAUUUUAUUCUUGAUUUUAUUCCUUUUAUAGGAGAAAGUAUUGGAAUGUGUGAUUCCCCCCACCCCACCCCAGAAACAAAAAGCACAGGAAUGCAUAUAAGAAGCCAUAAAGUAUGCAGGAAUCUUUUCCAUUCAUUAUUUCUAAAGAAAUCAGUUAAUUCAGAUGAAGGCUUUUUAACUAAAUUUGUUUUAAUAUAUAUAUGUAUGUGUAUGGUACAGUACUAACUUGGUUAAGGAUUAACAGGUACAAAUGAGUUGCCUGGAAGCCUUUCUGCAAAAUAGUUUUCUGAAGGUAUCAGGUUUUUUUGAGGGGGGUGGGAAAGGAAGGCUUGAAAUUGUAAGUCUCUUGAAUCUCCAAUAUCUUUCAGUUUGUGCUUUGCUUUGGUUAAAAUGUAUGUGUGGUAUGUGCGUUCAUGUGCACCUUCUUCACUCAUCAGUUACACAUUUGUGAGGGUGUUUAUCCUAUAUGCCUAUUGUCUCAUGUUUGUACAGGGAUAUUGUAGCUAAGUAUUUUGUUGUCUCCAGUCUGCAAAAAGAAAAAGAAAAAAGCACAAUUCUAUGCUUUGUCUUGCUUACACUCAUUAAAUCAUUACUUUUACAUAUA